AUGCCAUUCUUUCCAAUGGGCAAGGUCGACGAUGAUGAUAUGGAUUACGAGGCCGCGAUGGAAGAUGAUGAAGCCUCGUUCGAUGAAGAACCUAACUUUGGUGAAGAUGAAGAACUGGGCGACGUUGUUGAAUCGCAUACUCCUUUGAUGGUUGAAGCAGACACAACCCAAUUUUUUCGAACAGAAAUGGAAUUUCACAGUAAAGAGGAUGUUCUUUCGUAUGUUAGGAGAUGUGGCCGUAGGCAUGGAGUAGUUGUGGUUGUCAAACGAUCGGACUUGAACGAUCAGAAGAGAACUCCUAGGAUUUUAUUUGGGUGUGAGAGGGGUGGUGGAUACAGGGCAAAAGGUGUUCCAAAGAAGAGAAAAUCAUCAACAAAGAAAUGCCAAUGCCCUUUUUCUCUGAAAGCUCAAGUAACAGAUGCAUCAACUGGGACAUGGGGGUUGGUUGUUAUUAAUGGGAAGCACAACCAUGCUUUGGUCAAAGCUUUUGAAGGGCAUUCAUAUGUAGGUAGACUAACAGCAGAGGAGAAGGACACUGUUGAGAGGCUAAGUAGGUCAGGGGUGAAGGCAAGAGAAAUAUUGAAUCACCUGAAGCUGAAGAAUCCUACAAAUGCAACAACAAUCAAGACAAUCUACAAUGCCAGAACUGCUCUAAGGCUUUCUGAGACUGCUGGUAAGUCACAUAUGCAACAGUUGUUCAUGUUGUUAACUGAGAAUGGGUAUGUUACAAGACAUCGUUAUGAACCAGAAACUGAGGUAUUACAAGACUUGUUUUGGUGUAACUCUACUUCAAUUCAACUGGCCAGAGCAUUUCCUUCUGUUUUUAUGCUAGACUGCACAUACAAGACCAACAAAUAUAGACUACCUUUGCUGCAAAUUGUUGGAGUUACUUCUACAAAGAAGACAUUCUCUGUUUGUUUUUGCUAUAUGAGUGCAGAGAAAGAAGAAAAUUAUGUGUGGGCUUUGAAUUGCUUCAAAGACUUGUUUGAGACAGUAUUGGCAGGUGUUUUCAUAUGUGAUAGAGAGAUUGCAUUGAUGAAUGCAUUGAAGACUGUUUUUCCAAAUGCAAAGAAUAUGCUAUGUCGAGUACAUGUAUCUAAGAAUGUUCUUAGCAAUUGUGUUGGUUUAUUCAAACUUAAAGCUGAGUUUGAUGACUUUAUGAGCUGCUGGAGCACUGUCAUGCAUUCCAAAACAUUGACAUAUUUUGAUAAGGUAGUGAAUGACAUGCAAAACAAGUUUAAAGCUCAUCCUAAAGCCCUAGCUUAUGUCAAUGAUUCAUGGUUGAGUAAAUACAGGUCAUACUUUGUGGCUGCCUGGGUUGAUCAGUUUUUUCAUCUUGGGAACACAACAACAAAUAUAGUUGAGAGCAGCCAUUCUAAGCUUAAGAAGUACCUGUCUAACUCGGUUGGUGGAUUUGUCCAGUCUUUUAGCAAGAUUAACUUGUUACUUCAAGGUCAAGUUGUUGAUAUAAAGGCCUCAUUUGAAGAUAGUCUAACUAGAGUGCCAAUUCGAUUCAGGAUACCUUUCUACAAGGAAUUGGUGAAUGUGGUAUCUACUGCUGCCUUGGAGAAGAUUGAAACUGAAUGUUCUUCCAUUGGGAGUGAAGGGGUUAGUGUUGAUAACUGUCUCCAUACAAAUUCUCAAUGUUUUGGUCUGCCAUGUGGUCAUAUGCUUACAAUUUAUAGAAACGAAGGUAAGGCCAUCCCACUUAGUGACAUACAUCCAUAUUGGAGACUGUUGUGCAUCCAACCAUUCAGUCAAGACCCUAAAGAUGAAGUGAAGAUUGAUACUGAGAUGGAGAUGGUGUGGAGGACAUUUGAGCUUGCUACUGUGCCUCAAAAGCUAGAAAUAAAAAGACAGCUCCAGUCAUUAGGCAAGGCAAGCAGCACUUCUAUAUUAGAGCCAAAACCUAAGGUGAAUGUGAGGGGGAGGAAGAAGGGGCAGAAGGGUCAGAACUCCAAGCAGAGUGUCAAACAGAAGGGAAAGUUGAAGGUUCACAGAACUAGGAAGCCAAACACCAAUCAGUGGGUGUCCAUGUUUCCUGAUUUCUUACAAAACUACAUUUUCAAAAUUUUUGAUGUCCCUGGAGAUGGCCACUAUAGAAAGAAUUGGAUGAUCAUGUCUUAUAUGGGAAAUGUGGUAGCUACCUGUUACAAUGUUGUUGUUGCACUAAUUUCACAAGAACAACUUGAGUUAGCAGAAAAUAGUCCCAUACCUCCUGUUUCAAAGAUGUGGACAAAUCAUCAUCAAGCCAAUGCCAGAGGUUGGCUAGAAAUGUUUUCUUCUAGGAUCGAAAGAUUCAAGACACUUUCUGGGUGUAAACCAAGUAACAUAGCGACUGUGGAGUUGAUAGAUUGA